UCCGAUAUCUUCCCAACAAUCUCCACCCAAGAUGAUCGCUUUGAGACUCUUUAUUCUAGCGUCAGCUAUAGCAAUGUUGGCAGCUCAAGAAGCCAGUUCACCUCCCCCAGCUCAUAUAAUCACCGAAAAGACAAUCGUUAGACAAAAUGGCUAUGACUUUGAGUUUCAGACGAGUGACGGCGUGUCACGUAAGGAGGAAGCUGAGCUAAUCACUGUGGGAGAUCACCAGGGCAUCGGAGUGAAAGGCUCGUACUCGUAUUUAGCUCCCGAUGGGCAACAAUAUAUCGUCUCCUACACAGCUGAUGAUAAGGGCUUUAAGCCACAAAUUCGUAUCGGUUCCUCAAGCGAUCAAUAA